CCAUAUCCCCAGUAGUUUGUCGCCGAGCGGGAAGUGGAAGAAGAUUACGUCGUCGCAGGUUGCACCUCCGCUGCUAAUUUACGCUUUCCAAGACGCCGGCGAUGGAAUCAGCCAGCCUCCAGCCGCCGACUCACCCUCGGUUCGGGGAGAUACCUCUCCCCAACCACCCGCGCGGCGGCGGCGGCGGCGGCGGCGGCUUCCACCGCCGCGCCCACUCCGAGACGUUUAUCAGCCUUCACGAUGGCCUCCUACUCGACUCCGAACCGGACUUCGAGAUCCCUGACAUCGACUUCUCCUCGUUCUCCGACGACACCGUAUCCGCGGACAGCGGGGCUCCCUUGGCCGCCAGGCCGGACCCGCCUGCCGCGACAGAGGCGAGGCAGAGACAGGUUCCUGGGGUACACUUCAGGAGCCUAUCGGUCGACACCUCGUUCUUUGAGGGGAUGUCUUUUCAGGAACCGGCAUCUGGUGGCAUAGGUGCUCCGGGAUCGGAGAAGAGGGGGCACCACCGCCGGAGCGGGUCCAUGGAUGGGGCGACCUCGGCGUUCCAGGGGGAGUCGGCGCUGCCAUUCCCUGAUUUCGCGAAGAAGGCGAUGCCCUCCGAUAAGCUUGCUGAGCUAGCUCUGAUUGAUCCCAAGAGAGCAAAGAGGAUUCUUGCUAAUAGACGGUCUGCUGCUCGUUCAAAGGAGAGGAAGAUUCACUAUACAACUGAACUUGAGCAGAAGAUUCAAGCACUUCAGAUAGAUGCAACCACUCUUUCUGCACAGCUUACGCAUUUUCAGAGAGACAGUACUAGUUUGACUGCUGAGAACAGAGAACUCAAGUUGCGAUUGCAGGCUAUGGAGCAACAGUCGAAACUUCGAGAGGCCCUCAAUGAAGCAUUGCGAGAAGAAGUCCAACGGCUCAAGAACCAAAUCGGAGAAGUCCCAAAUGCGAAUGGAAAUCAUUUUAGAACCAACAGUCUGCGAUCUAUGGCAAACUAUCCUGCUCAUCGUGAGGAAUUGCCUCGCCAAAACACUCAUCUUUCCCAGCAUAUCUAUUCAUCUCAGGCGGCCCAAGUUCCUUCAAAUGGUCAGCAACUGAGCGACCAAAGUUUAAUAGAUCUAGUGGACUUGAUGUGAGAGCAGAAAUCCCCUUAUCGUCUAGCUUCUAUUUGCCUCAAGCCCUAUUCUAUGAUGUUUGGUGAUGAGAUGUAUAGCAGCACACUUGUAUUUCGAUGUACAUUCACACCCUUACUAGUUUUCGAGGUCAAAAAUUGUAUGAGCGUGUGUUGUAAAACUUGGUGUAUAAAAUUGGCUGCUUGUCCCUUUAAUCUGAAGUUCAUGUUUGGAAA